UAUUUUUUUCCUUUUCCAUUAUACAAUCAGAAAGAUAUUGGAAUGAAGAAAAAAUGUCUAGUAUCCGAAGUGUUCCAAAUAGUAUUGUUCUGAAACAAAAACAGUUUAUUUUCUACAUGCCAAAAAGUUGGCCUGCAUCUACUAUUCGUAUAGAGCCUGAUCAAAAAUGUACAACAAUUCAUUUUAGAACAGUCACAAAAGAUGUGACCUCAAAAAAGAAACGUGACUUUUUAUAUUCUGUAAAAGAUCAACUGAAAAAUUUAGUAAAAAGGACGAAUAAUAUAGGUAAUGUAGCUACUCUGCGUGAAACUGACAUUAAUCAGAUGAUAAAAAAUUAUUAUAAAUUUGUUGAAGCUUACUUGGAAAACUUGAAACAUGCUAAGGAUACUAAGCACCCACCUUCCAAAAAUUCAUAUACAAGCAUUCAGAAAACUAAAGAUUUGUCUACUUUUGAAGAGAUGAUGAAGGAGACUCAUGAAAGUGUAGCUUCUUUUUAUGAGUCCAAGAAAGAUGUUCGUAGUCAAGUUUCUGCAAAAUCUAUCAACACAGCUUCAGUGGUUUUAAACAAAAAUGAACCAAACCUCAAUAAAUUGGUAUCCUGGGUGACUGUGAAGAAAGAUUUAGAUGAAGAGAAAACAGAUGUGAAAAAAAAGCCUGUGAUACGGAAAGAUUUUAUUUCACGGACAGCUGUUGAAAAUAGGUCUCGUGCUUUAGUCAACAAUCUGAAAUUAGCUCAGUCAAUUUCAUCUAAAAUAACUCGGAUAGAUGAUUUAAACAAACACCUCAUGAUAUAUCCUGCGUCUCGGUCUAUUGUAAAUAAGGCUGGUGCUGUGCAAGUAUUAUUACGGUUGUCACAGUCUGAGGUACCAAGUGUUAGGUCACGUGCUUAUGAAGCUCUGAGUCUUGUAGGCUAUGUUUCUCCUCCUAAAGGAAGAGGUAUCAGAAUAUUGUCAAUAGAUGGUGGUGGAACGAGAGGUGUAAUUGCCCUUGAAACAUUAUGUAAGUUACAAGAAGCUUGUAAAACAGAUUUGUGGAAACUAUUCGACUAUGUUUGUGGUGUUAGUACCGGUGCUCUAAUGCUUGGGUUGAUGAUCCUUUAUCGGAUUCCACCUGAUGAAUGCUGUAAGUUGUACAAAAAUCUCAGUCAAAGUAUGUUUACACGGAACAAAUUUGUUGGAACUGGACACCUCAUGUGGAGCCAUGCUUUCUAUGAUACAAAAGUAUGGGAAGAUAUCCUAAGGAAUCAUGCCGGUGAUACUGUUAUGUCAAAGUUUUCUCAAAAACCAGAUUGUCCAAAAAUGUCUGCUUUAUCAUGUGUUGUUAAUAUGGCAAAAAUGAAGAACUAUGUAUUUCGGACUUAUAACCUGCCAUCGGGAGUGUACUCUCAGUACCCUGGAAGUUGUAAAUAUCAAUUAUGGGAAGCUAUUCGAGCAUCAUCUGCUGCUCCUGGUUACUACACAGAAUUUCAGUUGGAUGAUCUAAUUCAUCAAGAUGGAGGCUUAUUGACCAAUAACCCAACUGCUUUAGCUAUUCAUGAAUGUCGAUUAUUGUGGCCAGAUACUCCCCUUCAAUGUGUAGUCUCUGUUGGCAAUGGAAGAUAUGAACCAAAUUUAGAAAUGAACACAAAUAAAAGUAGCCUCAAAGAGAAAGUUGUUAAAAUAUUAGACAGUGCAACUGAUACAGAAGCUGUUAAUACAACUUUGACGGAUUUACUACACCCAAGCAGCUACUUCCGAUUCAAUCCAUAUCUUUCUGAACCCUGUACAUUAGAUGAAAUCAGAAUGCAAAAACUCGAGCAAAUGCAGCAUGAUACUCGAAUGUACCUACGCAAAAAUGAAUAUAAAGUGCACCGAUGUGCAGAAAAAUUACUAGAACAAAGACAUCUCUACCAAAAAGGACUUGAUUGGUUACAAUUAAAGAGAGAUAUGCUACAUAAGUAAUUUAAAUCAUUCAUAUAUAAGUAAA